GUAUAUUGAUAUUAAAUAGGUUGCUCGAACAGUAAAUCUCAUUAAGAAUGAAUUGGGAGACAUUACAAUGCUCUUCCAUUGCUGCGGUUUGCCCAGCCCAUGUACAUUAGUACAAGCAUCAUCAGAAGUAAAGGAUAUUAUGGACUUAACAAUUAUUAGUCAUUUUUGGUUGUUGGAUUCAGUUUUGCCAUGUAUGCGACAUGCUGGUAAAGGACACAUCACAAUCUUGUCUUCUGUCGCUGGUCUUUCUAAUGGAUCGAGUAAUCGUAGAACCAGAGUUCCUUUAUCUACUGCUCAAUUUGCACUACAAGGAUUAGCCGAGUCUUUACACAUGGAACUGAGACAUUCAAAUAGUAAUAUCAUUGUUUCAUUGGUUCACGUAUAUUCAUUUAUUGUUGGGACAGAAGCUGCAAAAGAUAUACGUUUUAGAAUACCAAGUUACUUUGGUACAAUGUCUGCCGCAGAAGCAGCUAAACAAAUUUUAGAUGGUGUUCGCCGAAAUUAUGCAGAAUUUAGUGUACCAGGAUAUCUGCUUUAUCUCGGACAUGUCCUUAGGAUUCUUCCAAAAAAAGCAUCCUUUAUGUUACGAGAUUUAUUAGACACUGGAGUUGAUUUUGCAUGAUGUUAUUUACAAGUAAUAUUUUUUUAUAUUUUUUUAACAUGAUUGCGAUAUUUUGAUAUGUGCAAAUACGCGUACCUUGUUCCUUAAUGUGCAUGGAACUCAAAACUGCUA